AUGAAUUCCCAAGAUAUUAAUAACUUACAAAAUGCUUUCCAAUAUAAUGUUAAUUUGGGCUCUUCGCCAAAUGCUGUCUCAACCUCCCCAACUCAGUCAUUUAUGAACACUUUGCCACGUCGUUUGAGUUUAUCUAAGCAACAGAAAGUUCUUAAACCAUUCUCUACGGGUGAUAUCAAGAUUCUUUUAUUAGAAAAUGUUAACCAGACUGCUAUCGCUAAUUUUAAAGAACAAGGUUAUCAAGUUGAUUUCCAUAAGGGUUCCUUACCAGAGGAUGAGUUGAUUGAAAAGAUUAAAGACGUCCAUGCAAUUGGUAUCAGAUCAAAGACUAAAUUAACUGAAAAGGUCUUAAAACAUGCAAAAAAUUUAGUUGUUAUUGGUUGUUUCUGUAUCGGUACUAACCAAGUCGACUUAGAAUACGCUGCUAAAAGAGGUAUCGCUGUCUUCAACUCUCCAUUCUCUAAUUCUAGAUCUGUAGCAGAAUUGGUUAUAGCUGAAAUCAUCAGUUUAGCAAGACAAGUAGGUGAUAGAUCUAUCGAAUUGCAUACUGGUACCUGGAAUAAAGUUUCCAACAGAUGCUGGGAAGUCAGAGGUAAGACCUUAGGUAUUAUUGGAUACGGUCAUAUUGGUUCUCAAUUAUCUGUUUUAGCUGAGGCCAUGGGUCUUCAUGUUAUCUACUAUGAUAUUGUCACUAUCAUGGCGUUAGGUACAGCUAAACAAGUUCCAACUUUGGAUGAAUUGUUAAGUAGAUCAGAUUUUGUGUCUUUACAUGUCCCUGAAACUCCAGAAACUAAAAAUAUGAUCUCUGCUCCACAGUUUGCCUCAAUGAAAGAUGGCGCUUAUUUGAUUAAUGCUUCAAGAGGUACAGUUGUUGAUAUUCCAUCUUUAAUUAUGGCGAUGAAGGCUAAAAAGAUUGCUGGUGCUGCAUUAGAUGUGUAUCCAAGUGAACCAGGUAAGAAUGGUGCUGGUCUAUUCGUUGAUUCCUUAAAUUCAUGGACUUCUGAUUUAGUUUCUUUACCAAAUGUUAUUUUAACCCCACAUAUCGGCGGAUCUACAGAAGAAGCCCAGUCUGCAAUUGGUGUUGAGGUUUCUCAUGCAUUGUCCAAAUAUAUUAAUGAAGGUGCUAGUGUUGGCGCUGUUAACUUCCCAGAAGUUAGUUUGAAAGCAUUGGAUUACGAUCAAGAAAAUACUGUCCGUGUUCUGUACAUUCACAAGAACGUUCCUGGUGUGCUAAAGACUGUCAACAAUAUCUUAUCGGAUCACAAUAUUGAAAAACAAUAUUCAGAUUCUAGAGGCGAUAUUGCUUAUUUGAUGGCUGAUAUCUCUUCAGUUAAUCAAAGUGAUAUUAAGGAUAUCUAUGAGCAAUUAAACAACACUGAAGCAAAGAUUUCUAUCAGAUUGUUAUAUUGA